CACUAGUACUUUAUAAGUUUAUGUUAAGAAAAGUAUUGUUACAUUUCUUCCAUGCUGAUUGCUGACAUGUCACAGUGAAAUGUUUAUAAGUGGGUAGAUCAUGAUACAAAGCAAAAGCAUGUAGUGAGGUUAAUGUGUUAAGUUACUGCUCAGUGUGGACAACAGUACUGUGAGCUCAGAACAUCACACUGUAACUUUAAGAUGUCCAACUAGGGCUGCUGGAGUCUCCCGUUUACUUUGGAUAAAGGCUGCACAGAAGAAUUACUGAGGUAUCUGGCCCAAUCAGCUGUACUGAAAUUAUGUUAGAACACAAAUAAAUUAUUGCUGGUUUAAAGGGGCAAAACUAUGCAACCAUUACUUGGUCUGUAAAGCAGUUUACAACAAACCUGAACAAGCUUAGAGGAACUGGGUAGCUUACUCAGGAUAAAUAACUGGACAACUGGUCCCCCAGUGCCUUUUUACUUCCUUCCACAGGAAAGACUAAGAAGUUCUAUUGUAUGACAUCUUGAUUCUUUACUCCACACCCUGUGUUUCCUGCAGUACAGUACAGUACAAUACAGCCUUUUUGUGAGUUGCUAACACAAGUUUACUCUUCUUGCUUCAGAAGAAGAAGAGAACAAAAAUGGGGUGCAGAAGAAAAGUGCUUCUUGCUGCAAUAAUUUUCAUGCUUGUCUGCUAUAAAGUGGCCGCAAAGGAUACAAGAUUACUGGAUGUCCAAAAGACCACAGAUGUUGUAGAUGACCAGUACAAAGGAUGUCGUGAAGAGGCCAUGAAGAAGUUCAUCGAGUCAGACGUGUUAAAAAAAGAACUAAGCAACAGUGAAGGAUUUCAGAAAGCGUGGAAUAAAAGUAACGAGUGUUCAAAGCAGAUCCCUGGAGGAAGAAAAGAGCAUACUGCUGCACUUUCAGUCUAUCUUAAAGGAGACCAGCCUUUCAUACUAGCACUGAACAAAGCAAUAGAGACAAUGGGUGGAAAUGUUAGCAUCUAUAAAAACCGAUUCCAAUUCAAGUCUCUUCAUUUCCUGCUGAUGGACUCCAUGAGGCUGCUGAAGCCAAAGGAGUGCAAGAACUUUUAUGUUUUUCGAGAUGGUAAAAACAAACCACAGAAAGGCUCCACAGUGAGAUUUACAAGUUUCACUUUAGCUUAUUCAAACUAUGAAGAGCUAAAGAGACUUGAAGAUGUCAAUGAGAAUACUAUUUUACAUCUCACUUCUUGCUUCUUUGUCAACCUGAAAGACUAUGUGUGCGGUCAAGAACAGGAUGAAAUACUCUUAUCUCCAGCAGAGGUUUUCACUGUGCAACGAGUGAAAACAAAAACUACAUCGGAUGGUGACGAAUACCUUGAGAUUGUUUUAAACCACUCAGGACUGAACAGCUCACACAACUGUUACAUGUUUUCACGGUCUCCUCCAGCUGCUGUCUCCACCCUGUGGCUUGUAUCAGUGCUUGCGGCCUCAUCUUUGUUUUCUUUAACUGCUUAGUAAGAACAGUUUCCUGAGUGUUAUCAUCUACAGUACUGCUUUGUUUAUUCAUUUUACAAUUUGUUGGCACUUUAUUUGGCAGAUUGUAGUAUCUAUCAAAUAAAGUUUUAAAGUAGGCUGCCAAAAUAUUAUCAAAUAUUCUUUUCUGCUUGUCAUAUGUUAUGAAUUACAGACCCAAUUCACAUAUAUUAUUUAUGCAUGUGUUUAUUAUUUCUUGUACUUGUGUACUUUAAAAGAAUGAAAACAAAUGAGAGAUGGGAAUUACUUGCAGCUGUUCCAGGAUAAAUUGAGUCUGAGUAUUGUGGAGCUUUAACUCCUCACAGCAGGAGUGUUUCCAGGAUUUUUUUAAUGGGCUGUCAUGAGAGGACUAAAAACAAGGCAGAGUGGCACAUAGAAAAUCCAAAUAAUUGAGAAAUUUAGUUUUUAGGUUCAGAAAAUUGGUGUAGACCAUGCUGGGUUGUCACAUGUAAAUAACCUGUGAGUCUGACGGAUGAACUGAGUCUUUGAACCAAAAAAUAGAAUUUAGAAUCUUAGGUAUCAGUUUUCUCUCUUUCUUUAAUUAAUCUGUGAAUUCAUCCAUUUUUACAUUUUUGUCAGUGAACAUUUUCUAAGUUGAAUAUUGUUUACAACUUCCUUCAGUGUGUAUAUAUCUGUAAAUUACUAGCUCACAAGUUUUAGAAUGCUUUUUUUAGUCGUUACAGUCAGCAAUGCUCUCCCUCUCAAACUGCUUGUAAAGACACCACGCCUCAAGGAUUCCUUCUGUUUCCCUAUCAAAUAAACAACAUGCAAAAAUCAAAA